AGAUCACAUCGAGAAUGUUUAAUCUUGAAAGUUGCGCUUCUGGCUAAUGAGUGGGGAUCUUCUAAGGGUGGUCUGUCAACACUCAACAGAGCACUUGCCAUACAUUUGGCAAAACUCUCAAACGUAGAAGUCACUAUUCUUCUGCCUGAAUUUGAGUGUAGUGGAGAUGACAAGAGAACUGCCAGGAGUCACAACAUUGCUAUAAGGGAAGCAGAGCGCCUCCCUGGCUUCAGUGAUCCUCUUGACUGGUUGUGCUUUCCACCCGAUGACCUUGACAUUCAGGUUGUGAUUGGCCAUGGUGCAAAGCUUGGUAGACAGGCCCAAAUCAUCAGAAAGUCUCAUUGCUGUAAGUGGGUGCAGGUAGUGCACACUGAACCUGAAGAGCUGGCAAUGCAUAAGAACUAUCCUGGCGCCGUCGCCAAAGGCGAAGAAAAGAACAGAGCAGAAGUUGAGUUGUGCCAAAUUGCAGAUCUCGUUCUGGCAGUUGGGCCCAAGUUGACAGAAGCAUUCUCGUCCAAACUGCGUUCAUAUCAUCGAAAAGUCUUUCAGUUAAUACCAGGUUCCUUUGAAGAGUUUUUUGAUAUUAAACGUACUACGCAAGAGAGUGCGAAUUUCAAAGUGUUAGCAUUUGGUCGCGGUGAUUUUAAAGACUUCAGUCUCAAAGGAUAUGACAUUGCCGCUAAAGCCAUUGUUGAAUUGAAGGACUGUUCAUACCGUCUGAUCUUUGUUGGUGCUCCUGAUGGAAAGCAGGACGAAGUCGCAGAUAAUUUACUCCAGUCGGGCAUCUCAAGAAGCCAACUAAUUGUCAGAUCAUUUAUGAAAAACAAGCAAAGAUUGAAAGAGUUGUUUUGUGAAGUUGAUUUGGCCAUCAUGCCUUCAAGAACUGAGGGAUUUGGCCUGACAGCACUGGAAGCUAUGUCAGCUGGUCUUCCCAUUCUGGUAAGUGGAAACUCUGGGUUUGGAGAAACAUUGCGUGAUCUUCCAAAGGGAGAUUCAUUUGUGAUUGAUUCAGAUGACCCCAAGGAAUGGGCAAGGGAAAUUGCUGCUAUCCGUAAAAUACCCAGGAUACAAUUGCUUGAGGACAUCCAAAGACUACGGAGAUGUUACGAAGAGAGAUUCAGUUGGGAAAGACAGUGUAAGACCCUUGUUGACAAGAUAUGGAAGAUAGUUUACGGUAAGGAGGUAACGUACGUUCAAAUUUGAAUUCGAAUGUGUAUCUCAGUGUGAUUGUCCUUUGUUAUGCCUUUAUUUUACAUGAUGCAUGUUUAAGGUUGUGGAAAUGCGGCUGUGUUACCAACGCCGACAAUUUACAUUUCUUGUGGUAAAGGGUCUGGAUGGGGGUCCUGAUCCCGCAUUCCCGCUUCUUUUUCACAACGAUCCCGCAUCCCGAACUACUGUCAUUGAUCCGUAUACAUUUCUAUCCCGAAUACCGUUCGUUUUCUUUGCCAAUAUCGCAUCCUGCGCCACGAUUUUAGCGAAUCCCGCUUCCCGAGUAGCGGUCAAAUCCGUAUCCCGUCAAGAAAUUUUGCUUUUUCCCGAAUCUCGCGCUAUAUUUCUGUCAAACCCCAUGGAUUUAUAUAUACACAUUCUCUUUAAAAAGUGGAUGUGUCCAGACGUCUCCUCGCAAGACCUCCGACAAUUGGACCCCUAACUCUCCUCAUUUUGUGUGGUCGCGUAGGGGACGUUGGACGGUGCGCUACUGAGGUUGUAAUCCUUGACCUUUCUUUUUACUUCAUCGCCUAUUUGAACAUUACAGGUACUGGAAAACCACAGGAACAUGCAUUUCCAGUGAACAGCUUUGAAGAAGGUGUUUCAACAGGACAGUUCCCAGGUGAUGUCAUUGUCUGCUAUUUUUGGAGGAAAGUAUGCUUAUCAGUUUGUUCAGUUUAAGCCACGAUAAUUUAACCGGAAUACGUCUUCGCACGAAAUUGUCGGGUGUUUUUAGCUUUGUAUUAGUGUACCAUCCUCUAUUAAACUAACGUGAAAAGUGACCUCUUUUUAAUCGGUUUCCCUCUAUCAUUUACAGAUGAACACGUUUUCCUUGCACUUCAGCAAAUCCAACUGGAAGCACGCACGAAGACCAGUAAAACGGAGCUCUCGCUGAAUUUAAAGAGAAUUUCUUUGGAUAAAGGUUUCGUGAUUUCCGAUAAUCAAGGAGAAGGAAAUUGUAUGUUUUUGGCGCUUUCAGAGCAGCUUGAACUCAUCAAAGGAAUUAAAAUCUCCCAUAAAGAGUUACGCUUAGCCGUUGUUCAAUACCUUAAGGAAAACUCUAAGCUGGUUAGUGUGUUAUCAUUCUUUGUCAGUGUCUUAGUUAUUUGUCCUACACUAGCAACGUAAGGAUUGAAUGAUGGUGGGACAGACAGCAUUCCGUUCAGUUCUAGUGUAAAUUUAGUAACGGACGUGGAGGCAUUUAAGGGAACAUUAUCUUUUUUUCCUUUUCGGUCGUCAAGCUUCCGUUUUUUAUAUCUUAUAAACAGGGGUGGGCCUUAACCAUGGUGGCAAAAUUUGUAUUUUGUUCCAUCAUUCUGUUUCACACUACAGGGUGUCCCAAAAGUUCGUUCCUCUAAUUUCAUGCACUAUAACUUUUGAUCAAAACUUUAUUUUUACUUGAAAUUUCUAGAAGUUGUUUAUUUCACUAUCGAGAACAUGUAUUCAGAAUUUCAGUUAUUGGCGUACCCUUUUUGUUUUUUUUAUAACAUUCUGUAGCCGUUGCGGCAUGAAGUGGAAUACAGCGUGUAGACCCACAGAUGAUCCAUAUUGAGCUUUUUUAUCACCUUGUGCGCAGGAGCCAGUUCAGCCCCCAAACAAUAUUUGCUUAGUUUAGGCAGCUGAAAAAAAUAUUGAGCACUCAUCCGAAAAAGAUAAUCAUCCCUUCCACAGUAAGGCUUUUGUACUUCUUUACAAAUUUGAGACGAGCUGGGCGUUACUUGGCAGACUAAGCAGAGUUUUUUUUGGCCGUCUCAGGGUUCUCUAAUUUUUUAAACAUUUUAAACAGCUUUUCAUGACCCUUUCUGGACUUGGCUUGCUAACUAUGUGAGAGUUUCCUUGUGGAGACGUCUCCUUUUUUGUAUCUAGUCUUCUUAAAACUAUUUUACCUGCUUUAUUCAGGACUUUUGGUCUUCCCCCUCGUUUCUUGCCUUCAAAACCUUCAUUUCGCCAUGAUCAUUUACCACCCAACAUUCGGAUUUUUCCAGUUUUUUUAGCAGUUUCUAUAACAGAUAAGCCAGUAAAUCGAAGUAUACAUGCUCAUGCUCUCACGUAGCUGGACGUUUUUGCGUUAAGGGUGUUUAUCUUUCUUGAUAUUCACAAAAAACAAGGAAGGAGUUCGAGCAAUUCGGGCUAUAAAAUACAAACAAAAAAAGGCUGGAAAAUAUACUCGCGCUCGCGCACCUUUGGCGCGGCAGUACACAAAUCGAAUAUUCGAGUCAAAAGAUAGCACAACAAGUACGAAAAUAGUGAAUUCGAUUGAAAGUCACAACUUUUGUUUCAAUGAUUUUCUUACCAAGUCCAAUCGUACUGAAAUACUAAGUACAGACUUAUAAAGUAGAGGAACGAACUUUUGGGACACCCUGUAGAGCAUAACGUUUUUCUUCUUCUCUCUCCAUUUCAUUGCUUACUUAAAUGUAGACGAAGCUUACUUUGUCACACUUUUUCUUGAACACAUCGAAGAGGAGUACAUUUUUUGUCAAAAAUGGUAUAUAAAAGGUUAAGGUACUGGACAUCGGGGUGGAGCCUUAUCAAACUUUGAUGAAUAGCCCUUCAGGGUAGAAGCGUUUUACUCACUUGACCAUCAGCUAUGCAAGUGUAUUGAAACAAAAGUACGUUUUUCAUAGGAUUGCUUUGGGUUACUAACGUGGCAGACGUUUUAUUGUUUUUGAGCAUCAAUAAGGCGGGCGUGGUGUCAUGUGAAAACGCUUUGAGGAGAAUUUUUCUAAGUGAGAUGGGUACUUAGUGUUGGUGCUGUUGUCUGCUUUAAAUGCUGUUGACAACGACAAAUUUUCCUGAAAAGUAGCGUGCACUAACGCAUUUCCCCCCAUUUUUCUCUUACAGCCGGAUGGGACAAAGCUGUUCCACUUUGUGGAUGGAUGCUCAUCUUGGGCAGCGUACCUCGCAAGCAUGAUGACCGAUGGUACAUGGGGUGAUCACGUGAUUCUGCAUGGUGCAGCAAACUGUUUUGAGACGUGCAUCCACGUGAUCAACAGUCUGCCGCAUCACAAUGACAUAUGGAUCUGCCCAGAGUAUGAUGUUACUGGUAGCAACCGACUUGUGCUGGGUCACGUGCACGAGCUUCACUAUGUUAGUCUCAUCCCAGAUAUAGGAUGGAAAGAUGUCUGA